AUGGGAGCUUUGGAGAGAGGAGGAGACAUCCUCAUUGGGGGGCUUUUCCCGCUGCACUUUCACACGUUGAGUGACCCUGUGAGCAUCCCCUUCACCAAACCCCCCAGCCCCACACACUGUUACAGGACCAUUCAGUGCCAGGGCCUGCUUCCUGCCAAGCUGUCCUAUUCUUCCGGACCUGCCAGUGGAAGCCAUUCUGGCCACAGCUCAAGCUUGUCUCUUUGGUUUUACAAGUACAUCCAGACCAUGGUAUUUGCCAUUGAAGAGAUCAACCAGGACCCAGACCUUUUGCCCAACCUCACUCUCGGCUUCCAGAUCUUUGAUUCUUGCCACACCGUUUCACGCACCCUUUUGGGGACCAUGCAGUUUCUCACAGGUCGUCCGAAAGCCAUCCCGAACUUCCGUUGCCAGCUUCAUCCACCCCAAGCUGGCAUUAUAGGAGAGUCUGGCAUCCCUGAAUCCAGAACGAUAGCCAGGAUUCUAGGUCUCUACAAAUACCCCCAGGUCAGCUACUUUGCCACUGGCCCCGUGACACAUGAUGGGUCCCAGUUCCUGUCUUUCUUCCGCAGCGUCCCCAGCAACAAACUGCAGGCCCGUGGCCUUGCUCAGCUGGUGAUUUAUUUUGGCUGGACAUGGGUCGGCCUCCUCGCAGAGGACUCUGAAUACGGAAAGCAAGGCCUCGACAUCGUGCAGGAAGAGAUUGCCAAGAAGGGCGUCUGCAUUGCCUUUUCACAUCUGCUCCCUAAGUCACCUAAUGAAGACAGCAUCACGCAGGCCGCCAGAGCAAUUACAGAAUCCCGGGCCCGCGUGAUCGUAACCUUCUGUGGGUCUGAGGCACUACCUCUCCUGCGUCAGCUGUACUCGCAGGGAGUGGCAGGGUGGGUGUGGCUGUGUUCUGAAUCCAUGAGCUACCUCAGCAUGUUCAAGGGGGAGAAGGCCUUGCGGAUGCUCAAUGGCUCUCUGUCCCUCUCCCCUCACAAAGAGCCAGUGCCAGGCUUGAGGGACUUCAUACUCAAGCUCCAUCCCUCUCGUUCUCCAGAAGAUGUCUUUACUCAGCAGCUAUGGAGUGUGGUCUUCAAUUGCCGGUGGAAUGCAAGCUCUUGGGAAGGGGGAAAUGGCCCAAAAACAUGCACUGGGGAAGAGGAUCUAAGGAACGGCACCAACCGCUUACUCAGCAUGAUGGGCUUUGGCAUGACCUUCAACGUCCACAAUGCGGUCUACGCCAUCGCCCACGCCGUACACAACAUGGUGCAAGAUGCACCAAGAGGAUCAAAGGCCCUGGUGAACAAGAUACGAGCAGCAAGUCAAGGGUUCAGCUCCUGGAAGCACACAAUUAAUGUCUCUCCCCCACCCCACCCGCACCCACCCACCCAUUCGCAGUUCCUUCAAUACUUGAAGACAGUCCGUUUCAGGAACAAGGUGGGCGAGGACAUUUCCUUUGAUGAAGAUGGAGACCCUCCUGCCGCCCUCUUCGAUGUCCUCAACACACGCCUCCCCAACAUCACACUGGUAGGAAGAAUCGCAUUUGGCUUCUCCCAAAAUGACGAACUGACACUCAAUGACAGCGCCAUCGUGUGGACUGGAGGGAGCACUGCGAUCCCUGUCUCUGUGUGCUCACCAAGCUGCCUCCUGGGCUACCACAGAUCCCAUCACCACCCAGAGAAGUCUACUUGCUGUUUUGACUGCGUCCCAUGUGCAAAGGGAGAAAUUUCAAACCAGACUGACUCAUCCUCCUGCUCGAGGUGCCCGGAAGACCAGUGGCCCAACGAAGGGCAGACGCGGUGCAGACCCAAACGGGAGCUCUUCCUCUCCUUCCGUGAGCCCCUCGGAGCCGGCCUGGCCAGCGUCUCUGUGUGCAGCUCCCUUCUCCCCGUCUUGAUCCUCGCCCUCUUCAUCACCCACCGGGAGACUCCGCUGGUGCGGGCCAAUAGCCGCGAGCUCAGCUACCUGCUGCUGGCGGGGCUGGCGCUCAGCUUCCUCGGCUGCCUCCUCUUCCUCGGCCGGCCCACGCGCGGCACCUGCUUCCUGCGCCAGGCGGCCUUUGGGCUGAUCUUUGCCCUCUGCCUCUCCUGCCUCCUGGCCAAGACGCUGGUGGUGGUGGCCGCUUUCCAGGCCACCAGGCCGGGCAGCUACGCGAGACUCUGGCUUGACCCCCGGACGCCCCGGGCCAUGGUCCUGCUGGGCUGCCUCCCUCAGUUCCUGCUGUGCGCGGCGUGGCUAGCGGCCAGCCCGCCUUCCCUCAAGAGAGACACCCGCUCCGUCCCCCACGCCAUCAGCCUGGUGUGCGACGAAGGCUCCCAGGUGGCGUUCUGGAGCUUGCUGGCGUAUCUCUGCCUUCUGGCAGGACUCGCCUUCACCGGGGCCUUCUGGGCGCGAAACCUCCCCGACGCCUUCAACGAGGCCUGGCUCAUCUGUUUCAGCCUCCUGGGCUGCCUCGGGGUCUGGCUGGCGUUUGUCCCGGCCUACCUCACGACGGGAGGCCACCACGCGGCCACCGCGGAGGCCUUGGCCGUCCUGGGCUCCACCGCGGCCUUGCUGAGCGGGAUGUGCCUCCCCAAGUGCUACAUCCUGCUGUUACGCCCGGACCUCAAUACCCGCGAACACCUCAUGGGAAGGGGGAAGGGCUCCAAUAUUUAACCUGCUCUGGAGCAGAAAUGGAUCGGGAGAAGGAAGAGAAUACUCAGAUGGUUAAAAACAAAAACAUAAGAUGCUGCCGUAUACUGAGUCAGACCCUUGGUCCAUCUAGCUCAGUAUUGCCUACACUGACUGGCAGCGGCUUCUCCAAGGUUGCAGGUAGAAGUCUCUCUCGGCCCUCUCUUGGGGAUGCUGCCAGAGAGGGAACUUCUGCACGCAAACAGCACCAAGGCUUCAGGUCGGAGUCUCUCCCCAGGCCUGUCUGAAGAUGCCAGAGAUUGAGCCACACCAGGGAUUGACCUGCAUGCAAAGCAGAUACUGAGCGAUAUAUGGGCCCAUCCCUGAGGAAGAGCUACCGUAGUUACCUAAAGAGAAGAUGACUCUAAAUUUAUGACAACCCUCCUUAAAAAUAUAGGUGAAAUGCAGGUUAUACUUAUAUUGACCCAGAAGGAACAGGACUCUGGAUUUAUGACAAACUGCCACCCCCCCGCCGCCGCCGCACCGCACGCACAUGCACGCACCGCCAUUUCUAACAUCAAAGAACUGGGGGGAAACCUAGUCAAGUAAACCCAGGCAUUGUGGCGUAUACAAAGAUUGAAUCUUCAGCCUUGGCAUUAUUAGCACCGUGCUUUCACCAGCUGAGCUAACUGAGCAGCUUGAGAUUGAUCUUUGGAUAUUUCUCAAACUGGCCUGUUGAAGAAUCCAAGGGAAAGAGUUGUGGCAUGUAAGGACAAGGCAGUGGAGUGGAAUCAGGAAUAUUGGUAGUUGAAUGAAAUAGAUUUCUUUGCUGUCCUUCAAGAGAGCCCUUAAAACCUAUCGGUUUGGCCUGGCCUUUCAGGGUUUUUAAUUUAGUUUUAAUUGUUUUACUCUUAACCUGGUUUUCAGGGUUUUAAUUGUUUUGAUAGUUUAAUUGUUUUUUAAGAUGUUUUUAAAUUUGAUGUUUAUAUUUGUAUUUCUAUUUUAAUUGUUAUUAAUGAUUUCUGUUUUUUAAUUGUAAACCGCCCUGAGCCAGCUUGGAAGGGUGGUAUAAAAAUUGAAUGAAUGAAUGAAUGAAUAAAUAAAUAAAUAAAUAAAUAAAUAAUAUUCUCUACAGAGAGGCAAGUGCAGACUGCUUUUCCGUGCUCUUGCUGCGGGCUCUUUGUUAGCCCUGCUUCUACUCUAGAACUGGAGUACAUAUAACUAAAGCCCCAUUCAAAAGCUGGCCCGGAUCAAGGAAUGGGUUAACCAAAAACACCACACCUGUGAGUAGCUAAUGAUAGCGGUGAAAGAGACUUGGUUCUGGGAGACUGUGGGUUCAGGUAAAUAUCCGCCUUGCUGUGGGUUCAUAUGAAGCAUGGGGCCACACGGUUUGGCUGUCUCCAAACUGGUGGUCACGAGAGCCUGGAGGGGCUUGCUUUGGAUGUUGCAUUUGCUUCCCCAAACAGAGCAAAGGGUCAGGGACAAGCCUCCCUUUCCCCUCAGGCUGACGUUCUGCAUACCCUGGCCCCAGGUUUCAGAACUCUAGAUCCUAUGCUGGUCCCUCCCAGAAAGGCUUUGGAAUUUUCUCCCUGCUGAAAUAAGAGCAUCUCCUUCUCUAGUUGUUUUCAGGAAGACCCUCAAGACUCUCCUGUUCUCGCAAGCUUUUCGUUAGAAUUCAUUUUAAGGAUUGUAAUAAUUUGUUUUAUUUUUUGUAUGUGUGUUUUUAUGUAUUUUAAUCUGUGAUUGUUAAUACUGAAAUGUGUACACCGCCUAGAGAUGUACACAUCAGGCGGUAUAAAAAUGAUAAAUAAAUAAAUUAUUGGCUUCCCUGCAGGCAGAAGAGUAUAAGAAACUCUGAAUCAGAG